AUCGCCUAAUAUUUACGUAUGAUGUGUAAUAGUGUAAUCCUAUCGUAAUGAAUGGGUUAAUGAGUAAAAGUUGAUGUAGCUUCGAUAAGAAUCACAAUUCUCAUAAGCAUUAGUCUACUUACAGUAGUGUAACAUUUUUUACGCAAAAAAAAUUUAGUGGAAAUAUUUUCCUUUUUCCCCUUGAAUUGGGCGUGAAAAUUUUGAAAUUGAUAAUAAAAUAGGCAGAAAAUAGUGUAAAUAUUGUAAAUACAGUGAAUUCCGAGGGAGAUAUCCCGGGGAAAGGGGAUUUUCCAAGAGGUGAGGUGUCGCUUAUAGUGUUGAGUUGGACAUUGCGGGUGUCUCAACGUGAGCGCCCCAAUUUCCCUGGUAUUCGGAGCACGCGAAUGAGACCCUCGGGGUGUGAAGAACCGUGGCGGAGACAAUGAGCUGGUUUGACACGGCAGGCUUGGCCAAUUUGGCCAAGACGGCCCUGAAAGAGGCCCAGAAGCAGAUAGACAAAGCUCUUGACAUCAAGGAUGAUGAUGUCAGGGCGGAAGUUGCUGCUGAAAGAGCCAAAUUGGAGCAGAAGGCCUCUACUCCGCUGGCAUUGGGUGAGAAGGUGAAGAAACAGGGUGAGGGUAUUAGCAAAACUGCCCCUACAACACCUUCAGUGGCCAAUAAUGUCAAAGAUACCCCAAAUUUCUGGGGUUCCUUCAGUGGGAGUUUCUUCGAGGCACCCCAUCAGGAGGUGCUGCAGGCAACUGUGACAACACCUCCCACGAGCAGUAAUAAAUUCCCACCGAGGGAUGAGCACAAUUCUGAGAGUGAGAUUGGAUGUAGUUCAGAUUCGGUGGAUUUAAUCAGUUCUCCGGGAUCUGGGAUUACAUCGCCAAUUCAAUCAGCUGGAAAUACUGUUGGACAAUCGGAUUCUGUGGAGAUUCUGGGGCUGGAGACUCCUAGUGAGACUUCAUCAAUUUUCGUGGUAGCUUCCAAUGUUACAACUCCGGGAUCUGAGAGUCGUGAAGUGAAGAUUCCGGCUGAGAAUGCUGGAGAUGUGAGUGAGGAAGAAAUAAGUCUAGAUGAGGAUUCAAUGUCCUACAAUACGGUGUCUGAUAGUUUAGCUGUUACGGUUCUGGAGCCAUCGGAUAAGGCAGAUUCUGCAAUUAUCACAGUUCCACCGAGUCGUCAGAGUUUUCAUCUCAGUCUCUCCUCGACCAGCAGCAAAUUGAUGAUUUCCGAAGGUAGUACGUGUGACACGGAAGAUUCCAAUGAGUCGGAGCAGACAGUGACGAUGGGAGAUGAAAAAUCUGGAUGUCACGUGGCCAGUGCUCUGGAGGAUGCAGCUAUUGAGAAUUACGAGAUGCAGACGGAAUUUUCCGAUUCCACCCAAAGCUUUGAGGAAGUUCAACCAAUGGGACUAUCUUCAAUGACCCAGAAAUCUGAAGCACCCAGAAAAUCCUCAUCCAGGCAAUCAUCCAAUAGUUCCGAUGGGAAAAGUGAACUGGUUAAAUUGGCUUCGGAUCAGACGUCUGGACACACUUCGGGGGAUGAGGUGGAGACGACGACUUCGUCAGACAUUGAGAUCAUCUCGAAUCCCAAUGGGGAUUCCAGCAGCACAAAUAGUGUCUACCGAGCAAGUCCAAUGAAGGACAAUGGGGUGAAAUAUCACACGGAUUUUGCAGGUGUUAAAAUCAAGGGACACUGCAGGGAGGCAUCAGCAGCUUCAUCCCAGAGCCUAGGCAGUGAUGAGCUGCCGAAUCCUUCGGAAAUUGAGAAGCUUCAGCGAAGAGUCAGUGAAUUGAGUGAAUUGCUAGAGAAGAGGGAAUACAAAUUGGUGGAACUUGGACGUCAAAAUGCUGAGCUUCAGGAGAAGAAUGCUGAAAUUCUGGCUCAGUCCACCAAUCGCCAAUUUCGGCCAGACAGUGUCGAUAUUACAAAUGUCACUGAGGAAUACACCCAGCGUCUGUCGGCUCUGGAGAAGAAAUUCCAGCAAUCAAUCCGGGAGCGAGAUACCCUGAGGGAUCAAGUAAAGAGCCUCAAGCAAGAUCUCACGAGUUGCAUCCCCAAGGCAGAUGCCGAAAAGAUGAUUGGGGAAAAAGAAGCCAUUGCUGAGGAGUUAAAAGUCGAAGGGGAAAAACUGUCCAGGCAAAUUCUCCAGCAUUCCAAUAUUACGAAAAAAUUGAGAGCAAAAGAGAAGGAAAUGGAUGAAUUGGUGAAGAAUCAGAAGGAACAAAUUGAGGAGCAUCAAGAAGAACUUGAACGACUGAAAAAAUCCCUUUCAGCCAAAGAGGAAGUAGAACGGUCUCAAAUUGAGGCAGUUCAUCGGCUAUCUUCGGAAAAAAGGAAGCUAGAGAAGGAGAAUGGACAACUGAGAAGUGAACUGGAUGAUACAACGCAAAAACUAAAAACCGUCCAGACAUCCUUGGAAGCUGCCAAAGCUGAGCUGCUGGAAAAGAGGAAUGCCUUUGCGGAGCUCAAGAAGAAAACUGAGAGUCUGGAAACGUUGACAUCUGAGAAGCAACUACAACAAUCCCAGAAUAUUCAGAUGAUCAGGGAACUGGAGGAUUUGCGUGAGAAAUUGAGAUUGGCAGAUACAGCAAAUACAGUUCGGGAACAGAAGCUGCGUGAGGAAAAUACAGAUCUUAUGAGACGUCUUGAGGAAUCUGAUCGUCGUGCAGAGGAACAAGCUCAAGCCCUAUCGACUGCCACCAUUCCACUCGUAAAGCAGCUAGAGUCACUCCAGAAGACCCUAAACACCCGGACAGCCACGUGGGAAAAGCAGGAACAGAAGCUCCUGGAGAAACUUGAGACACUCCAGAACAUCGAGUCCACAUCAACGGAAGAGACCACCAAACUCAGGGCAACUGUUAAGAGUCUGGAGGAGCAGUUGUCAGUCAGCCUGGUGGAAUCAAGUCGUAUUAGCACAACGCUCGAGGAAAAAGAAAUUGCCAAUGCCCUAAAAGUCAGUGAGCUCAUGCGAAGGGUCCAGAACAUGGAGAAGGAUGUAGAAUCCCUAAGAGAGACCAACAGUGUCCUCGAGAGACAGCUUCAAACUGAACGGGAGAAUCUUCAAGUGGAGAAGCGUAGAGUCAAUAAAUUAAUGCAAGAAUUGCAGACGAAGCAACUAAUGACCAAGGAUGAAACUCCAGAAGGGGAUGCAUCAGCUUCCCGCCAAGAUUUCGGUGGACAGGCAUCUCCAGCAUUGAGCUUGGAGCGAGUGUCCAUCGAUGAAUCGGUCAGUAGCAAUGCCUGGCAGUUCCAGGAAGAUGUGGAUUGUAUGUCAAAUACUGGAAGGCCAUCUGGAGGAUCUUUCUACGGAGGAGGCGUAUAUACCCUGGGAGGGCAUACUUCCGUACUGGAGAAUCUUCAGUCAACCUUGAAGCAGAGAGAUGGAGAACUUUAUCAACUUCAAUGGGAACUCACAAGGCUUCAGGCUGAGAAGAGUGAGCUGAUCAAUGAAAUCUCCGAUAUGACGCUUCAAAUUGAAAAUAUGGAAUCCCAGUUGGAGACAACGAAGAGUAUGGAAGAGAGAUUUUCCGAGUUGCAGACACAGUACGACGCCCUCCUGGAGAUGUAUGGGGAGAAGGAGGAAGAAGCCCAGGAAUUGAGACUGGAUCUGCAGGACGUAAAGGAGAUGUACAAGGUGCAGAUUGACGACCUGCUGAGGCAGCAAAAGGGGUCAUCGUAAUUAUUUUAUGUUGGUUUUUUUUUUUGUUUCAUUGCCCUGGAGAAUGGACGCGAAAGAGUCCUUUGCUCCAAAAUCCAUUGCGCGAGUCAUAUUGUGAUCAUAUUAAAAUAAUAUAACAGUAGAAUUAUUCAAGAUAUAUAAAACUUAUUACAAAAUUAUUAUUAGAGAACACUUGUAUCUAGCAAAAAAAAAUACAUUGUUAUCAUGGAUUUGUCAUUUUAA